ACCUCUUUGGAGAAGGAGGUUCAACUCAACAACUUCUACUUCUCACUACUUGCCUUUUUCUGACUAGACUGGCAAAUAUGGCUAAGUCUCUCUUGCUGGUGGCAUCUCUGCUAGUUUUUGGAAAUGUUUUCUUUAUUCAUGCCGAGUUUUCCCCCAGCCUCAUCGUGGAUAUGUUAAAAAUUGUCAUGGACAAUUACUGCUCACCAGAGAUGCUGGCAGGGAUGAAGGAGGCAAUUGGAGCUGCCAGCAGCAACACAGAGGUUCUCAACAUCCCAGACGCCGAAUCCUUAGCUGAUGUCCUCACUUUUGGAGUCCAGGGCACAAUCAGAGAUCCACGCCUGAAAGUCUCCUAUGAACCAAACUAUGUUCCUAUGGUUCCCCCGAAGAUGCCUCCCCUGCCCCCUGAGCAGCUCAUCGCCGUCCUCCAGACCUCCAUCAAGCUUGACAUCCUGGAAGGCAACAUUGGCUACCUGAGGAUUGACCACAUCCUUGGAGAGGAGGUCGCAGAGAAGGUUGGCCCUUUGCUUUUGGACCUUGUUUGGAACAAAAUUCUGCCUACUUCAGCUUUGAUCUUUGACUUGCGCUACACUGGCAGUGGGGAGAUCUCAGGAAUCCCCUACGUUGUGUCUUACUUCACCGACGCUGAGUCUCCAAUUCAUAUUGACAGCAUUUAUGACCGUCCCUCAAACACCACCACUAAGCUGUUUUCUAUGGAGUCACUGCUGGGACAGAGAUAUGGCAUCACCAAACCACUUAUUAUCCUCACCAGCAAAAACACCAAGGGCAUUGCAGAAGAUGUUGCCUACUGCCUCCAGAACUUGAAAAGGGCCACCAUAGUGGGCAAGAAGACUGCCGGGGGUUCAGUGAAACUUGAUAAAUUCAAAUUGGGUGACACUGACUUAUAUGUUACUGUGCCAACCGCGAAGUCCAUCAAUCCCAUCACUGGCUCUACCUGGGAGGUCACAGGGGUGACUCCAGAUGUGCACGUCAAUGCAGAAGAUGCUCUCGCUACCGCUAUCAAGAUUGUCAACCUGCGUGCCCAAGUUCCAGCCAUCAUUGAGGAAUCAGCAACCCUGAUUGCUGACAACUACGCCUUUGAAAAUAUCGGGGCAAUUGUAUCAACAAAAUUGAAGGAGAAUCUAGCAAAUGGCGAGUACAGCAUGGUUGUCUCCAAGGACAGUCUGGAGGCAAAGCUAUCCAGCGACCUUAGCACCCUUUCUGGGGACAAGAGUCUCAAGACUACCAGCAACACACCAGCCCUGCCCCCAAUGGAUUAUUCUCCAGAGAUGUACAUUGAGCUAAUCAAAGUGUCCUUCCACACUGACAUAUUGGAAAACAAUGUCGGCUACCUGCGUUUUGACAUGUUUGGAGACUUCGAGGAGGUCAAGGCCAUUGCUCAGAUUAUUGUUGAACAUGUGUGGAACAAAGUUGUCAACACUGAUGCUAUGAUUGUCGACCUCAGGAACAACCUUGGUGGCCCAACAACAGCCAUUGCAGGCUUCUGCUCCUACUUCUUCGAUGCCGACAAGCAGAUUGUGUUGGACAAACUGUAUGACAGAUCAUCUGGCACCACCACAGAGCUACUAAGUCUGCCUGAGCUCACUGGCACAAGGUAUGGCUCCAAGAAAAGCCUCAUCAUCCUGACCAGCAAAGCUACUGCUGGUGCUGCAGAGGAGUUUGUUUAUAUCAUGAAGAAGCUCGGCCGCGCUAUGAUUGUUGGAGAGACCACCUCCGGGGGAUCCCACCCACCCAAGACCUUCCCUGUUGGUGAGACCAACAUCUUCCUCAGCAUCCCCACCGUCCACUCUGACACUACCGCUGGACCAGCCUGGGAAGGAGCUGGCAUCGCUCCUCACAUUCCCGUCCCAGCCGAUGCUGCCCUCGAGACCGCCAAGGGCAUCUUCAGCAAGCACUUUGCUGGCCAGAAGUAAUCCUGAACAAAGUCAUGGAGGGGAUUACACAGUCAAUUUUGCUUUGACAGCCAAAUGGUUUUGAGAUUUUAAAUGUAGGCUUGUUUGAGAAGUGAAGACUGUAGGAUAAGUACAAAGUGUAAUCUGCUAUUCAUUCUCUCAAUACCUAAGCCUUCUUAGUCUGUUGCAAUGUAGAACAAAGGUCCAGCAGGAUUUUCUGUAGUUUAUAUUUCUGUCAAAUGUUAAUCUGACUGUUGAAGGUUUUGAGAAUGAAUAACACUGAAAUGUCAAUUUGAUUAUUUUGAGAAAUAUGAUCAAGUAUGUCAAACACAAGCUGCAACAUCAUGCAACUUACAAAAAUGAUAUUUUUUAGAAGUCACAAGCAAAAGAGCAGAAAAAAGCAAACACUUCCAAAUAUGCUUUUGAGCAAAUUCUGCUCUUCAUUUGUUAUGUUGGAUAUUCAGAAUUCGGAGCUCUGAAAAGUAAUCAAUUUUUACAUGAAAUGUGAUCUCCUCUUUGAGGAUGGAAAAUGCUGUAUGUCUAUUCCGCAGUAAACUUCAUACCAUUUGGACCUACUUGGGUUGUAUCAAUUCCAGUGGUGAGAUACAAUUAAAAAAAAUGAAAAUACACAA